AUGACGAGAGAUAUAGCUGAAGAUGUUCCAAAUUUGGCAGAGUCAAAGUUAACAGCUUUGGUCGUCGAUGACAAUUUCGUAAACCAAAGCAUACAUCACAAACUGUUGGACCGACUAGGGAUUCAAAACGACGUAGUUUGUAAUGGAAAAGAAGCCGUCGACGUUCAUUGUUCCGGCAGAAACUAUGAUUUCAUCCUCAUGGACAUGGAUAUGCCCGUCAUGAACGGUAUUCAGGCGACAAAGACACUAAGGGAGAUGGGGAUAGAGUGCAAGAUAGCAGGAGUGACGACAAGAGCGGACGAAGGAGAGAAGAAAGAGUUUAUGGAAGCUGGCCUUAAUGACUUUCAAGAGAAACCUCUCACCAUCUCUAAGCUUCUCUCUAUUCUUCAUAAACUAAAUUUUUACGUCCAAACCUAA